AUGGAUAAGGAUGAACACCGAUUGGAUAAGAGACGUGCGAGCCAAGUGUGCAUAACAUAUGGGGACCGAGAUGUCCUCCCCGAGGCAGACACAUUUGAACACAUUCUUAACGUAACCAACCACAACGAUGCGUUAUUGGCCUAUUACUACCUUGACAGUGAUAAUAAGAUGAAAAUGACAGAGAUCUAUGACGUAACGGACGCGGACACAGAUGCCGUGCAGUCCCCGGAUGAACGCGAUCUCAACAAACAACUCGAGUUUGACAACGAUUGGUCUGGAGAUUUUAUGGCUGAAGAAGUGGAAGAGAUAGAAAUAGAAGAAUUAGAGAGAAGCAUAUUUUCGGAAACUGAAAGUGAGUGGCGAUCUAAUAUGGAAGAAUCCGAGCCCGAGUCAGAUCAACCGGAAUCCGAUAGACCAAUCAUGUUUGUGGCGAAUGCAUCAUAG